AUGGAUUCGUCUAUCGCUGCUCAUGAAUUGCUCCGACACCUUCGCUUCGGGUAUCCACCGGUUCUGCUCGUCGUUCUUCUUGUUGUCUUUUUGGUCCAUUCCUCCCAGGUAGCUAAAAAUGCCGGCCAAAACAGCAAGGUGCAGUAUGGGCCUGGUGGAAAGCCACUGCCCAAGAGAACCCGAGUGAUGAUGGCCGCAGCUCGAAAUUUGCCUGCCGAGCUUGCGCGAGAUAAAUCAAAACGCGGGUUUGUUUGGCUGAAUCUCUUUGUUCUUGCAACUUACAUUGCAGACGCAUCGAUUUAUAUGACCCACGUCAUAAUUUCGAAGUCGGAGCAAUGGUGGUGUGGUCAAGCAGCGGUGUUUUUUGUGGUGGGAUCUUUCUUUGCUCACAUGGUCAUCUUCAUCUCUCUACUCGAUACAAAUCUUGCGCCAUCAAUUGCACAAUUUGUCCCGUGGCUCUCAGCCAUUCCAUUCGAAGUGGCGAUUCUCUCGACUUCAGUCUCAAUCUAUACUCAUGCCCACCAUGAACCGACCAUCGAUGAUCCAUUUGGGGGGAAAUUGCGCACAAAGGUUACCUUUUGGGAAGCAUUGGAGAUUACUGCAGGCUCUGUGCGCGUACUUUUGCUUACACUUCUGACCGCGUCGUAUAUUUUCAAAUUUACCGGCAGACUUCGUACCUCUAAAGAAGUCGAAAAUGCGACCAAUGGAGAGGCUACUAGUUUGCUUGAUUCGAGAGGUAACGCCAACUCCGAUGAUAGUGAUACCUCCACCGAUGGUCAACGAACCCCCGUUGAAGAGGCAUGGGUACGUCCCUUGACGACCCCAUCCACCAAUUGGAUGGAAUAUCUGAGUGGAUAUUCUCUUUUCUUUCCAUACUUGUGGCCAUACAAGUCUUUGCGAUUGCAAAUUGUGGUCGUAAUUUGCUUUGCUAUCUUAGUUUUGCAGCGAGCGGUCAAUAUCCUGGUUCCAUUCCAAGUGGGAGUGAUUGCAGACUCGUUAUCUUGGAAUGAAGGAUCAUUGAAUGUGCCUUGGAUACCUAUUUGCCUGUAUAUCAUUUAUCGCUGGCUUCAAGGCAGUCAGGGUUUCCUCGAAUCGGUCCGUUCAAACCUGUGGAUCUCAGUCAGCCAGUACGCAUACAUGGAGUUAUCAACUGCUGCAUUUGAACAUGUUCACAACCUAGGAUUGGACUUUCAUCUAGGUAAAAAGAUGGGCGAGGUGCUCUCUGCUCUCACGAAAGGCAGUUCAAUCAACACAUUCCUGGAGCAAGUGACCUUCCAGGUGUUGCCCAUGUUCAUUGACUUGGCUAUCGCCAUUGGAUACUUCCUAGUUGUCUUUGAUAUCUACUAUGCACUGGCUGUUGCUAUCAUGACAUUCUUCUACCUCUAUUCAACUGUCAAAAUUGCCUCCUGGAGAGCUAAUAUGCGACGACAAAUGGUGAACGCGUCUAGGCAGGAAGACGCCGUCAAAAAUGACUCCCUGGUCUCCUAUGAGACUGUUAAGUAUUUCAACGCCGAGGAAUAUGAGUUUAACCGGUAUCGAGGAGCGGUCUCGGACUACCUCCGAGCGGAAUGGCAUUCUCUCUUCGCGCAGAAUCUGAUGAAUGUGUUCCAAAACGUCAUCUUUAUGCUCGGUCUUCUGAUCACAUGUUUCAUUUGCGCGUAUCAGGUCGCUCGCGGUCAACGUCCAGUUGGUCAAUUUGUGACCCUACUGACCUACAUGGCUCAACUCCAAGCCCCAUUGAACAUAUUCGGUACUUUCUACCGAUAUAUCCAGUCCGCCUUGAUAAACGCGGAGCGUCUACUUGAGUUGUUCCGUGUCCAGCCCUCUGUGGUGGACGAGCCAUCUGCGACACCGCUUGCCGUCUGCCACGGCCGAAUCACUUUCAACGACAUCAAAUUUUCGUACGAUACACGACGUACUGCCCUUAAUGGAUUGAGCUUUGAUUGUAAGCCUGGCACUACGACGGCUCUGGUAGGAGAAUCGGGUGGCGGAAAAUCAACUAUCUUCCGCUUGCUUUACAGAUUCUACAAUCCGAACGGGGGAAGCCUUCUCAUCGAUGGCCAUGACACCCAAGACCUGACCAUUGACUCAGUCCGAAGACAUAUUGGUAUUGUACCACAAGAUACCGUUCUCUUCAACGAAACUCUGAUGUACAAUCUCAAAUACGCCAAUCAAACCGCUACAGAUGAGGAGGUCUACGAGGCCUGCCGCGCAGCCAGCGUACACGAUAAAAUUAUGGCUUUCCCAGAUGGUUACCAAACGAAGGUGGGAGACCGAGGACUGCGCCUUAGCGGUGGCGAGAAACAGCGUGUCGCUAUUGCCCGGACCAUCAUCAAGAAGCCUCAGAUCAUUUUGCUAGACGAAGCCACCGCUGCGUUGGAUUCGGAGACUGAGCAAAAUAUCCAAGAAGCUCUCUCUGUUCUGUCGCGUGGGCGCACUGUGCUAGUUAUCGCCCAUCGGCUGAGCACGAUCACCACUGCCGAUAAUAUUGUGGUCUUGCAUGAAGGCCGUGUGGCGGAGAGUGGGACGCAUGAGCAGCUAUUGGCUUCUCACGGUCGGUAUACGACGAUGUGGCAGAAGCAGAUUCGUGCGCAAACUGAAUCUGUGGGCUUGGGGGCGUUGUCAGACAAGGCAGCCCAAGAAGCUCUAGUAACUUCAUUCAGAACUGUGUGCACUGUCUUUGGGAACCUUUCCAAUCUGUUCCACGCCGAAGCCUUCAACUCCCAGCGACCUUUCUUCUCAAAUGAAUUCCGAGACAUGGAGCGCAUUCUUUGGCUUGACAGCCUCCGAGGCAUCGCGUCAGCUUUGGUAGUAAUCCACCAUUCAAAGAGCUCCGAACCAAAGAGCGUCGUUGGGUUUUUGACCAGGUCAUAUUGGGAUGAACCGCCUGAAGAGAACCGUCAUCUCAUCCAACUUCCGCCGUUCCGACUGCUCUUCAAUGGCCCAUCGAUGGUGGCUUUGUUUAUGGUCAUCUCGGGCUAUGCAAUCUCCCUUCCUCUUCUCCGAUGUCGAGAGGACACUGAAGCAAGCAAUGCCGGUUUCUUUCGCCGUUUAUGUUCUGCUGCAACUCGUCGGAUUUUCCGAAUAUACCUGCCCUCGAUCGCAAUUCUGUCCUUUAGUCAAUUUGUGUACUUCUGUAAUGUAUUUCCGUGGGAACCUGCUGAUGAUUGGCUCGGUGGACUGAAGCCCUUGACGGCGCCAUGGGCGCAUAUCCAGUAUGUGCUUUCGAGAAUAGUGCAUUUGCUGGACAUCAGCAAUCAUCAAGUCGACAUCAAUUUCGAUCAUAAUCGACCAGAUAUGAGAACCAUCAACUAUCAACUGUGGACGAUGCCGAUUGAGUUUCGUGGUUCUUGCGUUGUUUACUUGUUAAUAUUGACCUUUUCGUUUUGGAAACCACGACCUCGAUAUCUUGCACUGGCAGGUGUGGCGCUAUAUUGGUUUUACAUGGGACAUUGGGAUCUCUUUGCUUUUGUUGCGGGAGUCCUUCUUGCAGAGCGACACGUUGCUUCAGAGUGCAAAGCCGACGGAGAGAUCGCAUUAUCCAACUCAUCCCUCGAAGCGCUCGAGGGUCAAAAGCCUUUCACAUCUUGGAGGAAACUCACAGACAUCCACUAUCUCAAACAGCUUUGCACUUCAGCCAGUCUCAUUCUCGGGCUCUACUUCCUUUGUAUGUGCGGUGCCGACCGCUUGUCGUCGGAAUAUCAAUGGUUGGCGAUCUUCCAGUCUCCCGAAUGGGACAAUGCCGAGAUGAUGCCUCGGUGCUGGAGAAGUGUCGGGGCAGUUCUGACAAUAUACGCAAUCAGCAAGUCUGUGCUGCUUCAAGGUCCACUCAGCUCCCGCCCGCUGCAAUACUUAGGCAAGAUCUCAUUCCCGCUGUACCUGAUCCACCCCACUGUCUAUCUUGUUCUCAAAUGGCUAGUGCGGGACUUCUUGUGGUGGGUACUGACGCGGACGUCAUAUCCUGGAACAAUUGAGGCGAGCAAGCAGAUUCUGCCGUUCUCUAUGACAUGGAUGGGAACCAUGCUUGUCUUGGGAGCUAUCAUGGUGGUGGCAUCCGAUCUGUGGAAUCGAUUUGUUGAUAUGAAAUGCCUGGCACUCGCAAGAGGAUUCGAUAAGUGGGUCUCUGCUUAG